UACCACACAAGCUGAAUAAUUAGCGGACCAAAACGUUAUUUUAUGUGCGACAAGCGGUUGGAAAUUAUAAAAUCUCUCGCACCGGCUGCUCGGAGGUGAUUAGUACUUGCUAAUCACCUCCGAGUUAACCAAUCAGAGCGCGCGAAAAGCACUAUUCACUUGUGCGGUAUAUACUAAUUUCAUCUAUUGACUUCUUAUUUUACUCGUUUCGGUCGUUUCGUUCGUUUCGGUGGUUUUGUUUCGCUCGUUUCGCUCGUUUCGGUGGUUUCGUCUCGUUGUUUCGGGUUUUAGUACAUGCCGAACUGAAACUAGUAGACAAAAGUCGAUAUCACAAGUAAACCCAGAAAGCCAGUAUUUCCCAGUCACGCAGCAAGUAUGGCCACCUUACCACCACGUAGUGUUGGACUUGUUGUGGUCGAAUCAUCGACAUCUGCACUUCUAGUACUAUCGGCUAUCCUCGGCAAUUUACUGCUUCUCGUUUCUUUGUACAGAAAGCCUCGCUUGAAGAGUUCCACUGGCAUUUUGGUCGCAGCUUUGGCGAUGACUGAUCUACUCAACGCUUUCAUUCCCGGAGCCCUAUUCUGGUCCUCUCUUACGAAAGGAAAGAUGUCUCUUAGUAAUUUUGGUUGUCAGAUAAGUGGCUUCUUCAUGCACUUUUUGACUUAUGUAUCCAUUGCGACUAUGGCUCUAACAGCCAUCAAUCGAUAUGUUUGUGUUUUGAAGCCCAACGUGUACAGAAAAGCUUUCAGCUAUCACCGAUCGAUGCUGUACAUUGCUUUCCUGUGGGUAUUUGUAGCAGUGGUUGUCUUUCUCCCUAUACUUUCUGGUUCCUCCACAUUUGCUUUCAAUCCCGUCAUGGCCGCGUGUGCAAUGAAAUUUACCACAACAAACGCAGAGAUUGGCUACACGUUCUUCAUCGUCACCUUUUUUGUGGUUUGCUGCUUGAUAAUCAUAUCGGUGUGCUACUUUCGCGUGUCCCGAUUCAUCCGCCAUCACAACGUGAACACCACCUCGCAGCUGUCGAGGCAAGAGAUCAACUUGACCAAGGCGUUGUUCGUUCUCGUGUUUUCGUUUGCGGCGUUAUGGAUACCUGCUUUCUUGAUGAUUGUCCUGAGCCGUCUGGUGCUGAAGGCUAAACUUCCCCGUCAGUUCGUUCUGGUCGUGCCUUAUCUCAUUUAUUUGAGCAGCGCUUUAAAUCCGUGGAUAUACGGUGUCAUGUGUCCGGCAGUUCGUAGCAAGAUGAAGAAGACUUUUUUUGCAUGGAAGGGACAUGGCUCAACCGUCCCUGUGGGACCUGAAAUAAUUGCCGCUCGCCCCUUGGAACCAGCCCGACCAACAAGUGAAAUUAUUAGCCACAUGGGUGUUUUGCCAAACGUGACUUCCUAACAAGCUGCAGAAAUACCCAGAUUCAUGCACAAAGGAAACUAUGGCGAGGAACAAUUUGCAAGCCACAGCAGUCGGAGAAUGUACUUUUUGAAAAACUAUCCUGGCUUAGUAUUUUAAAGUACUUUCUUUAUUUUUGUGCACUUACUGACUCUUUCACUUUUUCGUUCUUUUCUCCGGCUUUUAAUAACUAUUUAUGAUGUGUAUGACACACCUGUUACCAGCUUUUCGGUACCAAACUAAGGACAAAACCUGAGUGUUUUCAGCUGAUACUACUGCAUAAGGUGUUUUCAAAUUUGUAUGAUAACCUUUCUGAAUGAGUUGCUUUGUAUGAGUUUUUUAGUUUAAAAUUUCGCAAAAAAUGGCUUCAGCAUGGAAACGAGGCUCAGAAUAAGAUCCUUUAAGUAUACGGUUGUGAUCGUUUAAUCAGUACUUCAGAUAUUUCAUGUAAGGAAAACAUUUCUAUUUCUCCUCAAAGUUGUUAGAGGUAGAAAUUUUUGUCAGGAUUACACGAAAAACUAAAAACAACCAACGGUGCCAUUCACAUUGCAUCAUGGGUAAAUCCAAGAUAGCGCCACUCUUGACAGGUAUGUAGGGCUCAUUUGUGCUCAAAUUUUGGUUGCUUAUACAAACGUGAAAGGUUUUAAGGGAAUAAAUAAACAGUAGGCAUCUAGAGAAACGUUUAGAGAAAUCAAUUAACUAAAUGUUAAGCUGAUAGUGUCGAUUUUGGACAAGAAACUUACAGACCUUCGAA